GAUUUUACGGCCAUGUUUGGACGUGUUUCUUAUCUGGCGAAUUUCUGGCUUCAUUCAAGCUAUUUAUUACCUGCUCGUGGGAGCUGCGAUCACGACAAUUGACCAUCAGAUGGACGGCUAACCAACGACGCCUGAGGAAUCAAACUUCUCGCGUGCAGAGACUUGCCUGCGCGUUCAUCACUUGGUGAGUAGGCGAAGUAGCGGUCGCAGCAUACAUCGAGACAACGUUUGUGUGACUGAACUGAAAUUUCUCAAACGGAUUUUCUCAAGGUGUGGGUUAGCCGUUAAAUUUCAACUGAUAUGAAGGAAAAGUUUGACGUCGCGACACUGCUGAUGAGAAUAGAAAAUGUGUGAAUCGCUGACAGUCUACCAUGGGACGUCUUGGGAUGUGCUCCAUCUUUACCUGCCUUUUCCUGUUACAGGUUUUUGAAACCUUUGCGCAAAAGAACUUCUGUCGGAGUAAGUUUGGGAAUUUCACACAGGAAGUAUUUAAUCUUCACGCCUGCGCAAAGUGUUACUUUUACAUCACUCAGUCCCGCAGUGUCAGAAUCCACCCAACCCAGCCCAUACUUGUGGUGCUCGGAACAAACCAGACGGCCUUUAAAAAAUAUGACAUUCUCAUCCCAAACGCCGCCAACGACACGCAGGCUGAUCUUGUGUGUAGAACAACUACGGCAGACAACUGCCUGAGCUGGAAGAAAUGUUGUCAGGAAGCGUCCUCUUGCUGCCAGCGACACCUGGACUCACCCCCACGACCUGAGGGGACCUGCCCCAGGACCUGGGAUGGCUACGGCUGCUGGGACGACACAUGGGCCGGCUCUACGGCUUACAUCAGCUGUCCCGGCUUCCUCAAGUACUCAAUAACUUCACGCUACGCUGAGAAAACGUGUACAGAGAACGGCACAUGGCUGGUUGUAGGGAAUAACAGUUGGGACCAGAGCUACGAGUGGUCAGACUACACCAAAUGUCUAGACAAACACAGUCGUAUGGUCUCCCUGUAUUUGGCUUUAUCGUGUAACAUCGCCAGUAUUGGACUCCUUGUGCCUGCCAUCGGCAUCUUUCUGCUCUACAGGUCUUUAAGAAGGCAACAUCGGAUUCGUCUGCACAUUAACUUCUUUGGCGCGCUUCUCCUUCACGGUCUCGUGGCCAUCUUGUGGGACGUAUUCGUGGCCCACGACCGGCUGAUGACGUCAGACUCUAGUGCUUCGGUCAUCUUCCAGAACGGGGAUGCCUGCAAGUUUCUGGCCUAUCUCCGGAUCUACUCACGAAGCGCCACCUACGUCUGGAUGUUCUGUGAAGGCUUCUAUCUACAUAGGCUCAUCAGCAACGCCUUCAAACCGCCAAAGUCACUCGUCUUUCUGUACACCAUUGGCUGGGGUUGUCCAUUGGCCUACACAACGCUCUACGCAGCACUGCGCAUCAUCUAUGCUAAUGAGAGUUGUUGGGCCAAGCCAUACGGAGAGCUCCAGUGGAUUUUUUUUGCCCCUAAUUUGAGCUGUUUAAUUGUCAAUUUCUUUUUCUUAUGCAACAUUUUACGUAUAUUGGUGACCCAAUUACAAUCUCAUCCUAAUGAGCCAAGUAAUUUCAGGCGGGCCCUGAAAGCCACUUUUGUCCUAAUCCCACUUUUCGGCGUCCAACUGUUUGUCACCCUGUACCGCCCACCCGCUGGCCAGUCGGGGGGAUUGGAAUACGAACAGUUCUCCGCCUUCAUGCUUAACUCUCAGGGUUUUUUCGUGGCUCUUAUUUUCUGUUUCUUCAACGGUGAGGUUGUUUCUCAAGUCAAACGCACGUGCGCCAGACUGAGGAUUCUGCGCAUGCCCACGGAGGCGUCACGUGGGCAGACGACAGCCACGAGUGUCAACUUCGUCAACCACGGUCCAGACAGCAACGACAGCGAGAACGGGAACCUGAUGUACGACGUGCCCAGCCCCGCCCCGGGCAAGAAGCUCUACAACACCAUGGAGCUGAACGAGAGGAACUACCCCUACCUCCCUCUGACGGCCAGGAAACAGUCCCAGUCCCCCACAGAGAUAUAAGGCCCGGGGAGGGGGCGCAGGGUACAGUUGCCCACAUUCAUAACAAUACAUAGAAUGUGUCAUCUGACUGAAUGUCAUAUGAUGUCAUUUGACUGAAUGUCAUUGAUUUCAUGUGACAGAAUGUUGCCUGCGGUCAUCUGACCGAAUGUCAUUUGAUGUCAGAUGACCGAAUGUCAUUGAUGUCAUGUGA